CGACAACGCAUCCCGACGCCGCUUCGACUACGUUCAUUCCGUUUCCGUUUUCACGGCGCUAAAGAUCGCUUCUAGAAGUGUUGGAGGUUGUUCCUACGUAGAUUUAAUUCCGGAUAUCUACGAUUCCUGUGAAUUUUGGUGGUGUUAAUUUCCUACCACUAUGACGGACGAAAAGAAGAUUGUUUCAACUGCUGCUCCAAGAAAGACAAAAAUAUUUGUCGGUCGAUUGCCCGAAAAUUGCCGUAAUGAAGAGUUGAGACAACUGUUCCAACGCUUUGGCGAAGUGACAGAAUGCGAUGUGAUGAAUCGAUACGGAUUCGUGCAUAUGGCCAGGGAAGAGGAUGCGACUACGGCUAUCAAGACUCUCCACAACUCAAAUUUCAAAGGUGCAACCAUCAAUGUUGAACAAUCUACAGGCAAGUCACGUGGAGGUGGUGGUGGCGGUGGCGCUCGUAGGGAUGGAGAUCGACGUGGUGGUCCCAUGAGAGGUGGGCGAGGUGGAAGAGAUGGAGGACGCGACGGCAGACCAGGACCUUAUAACGACCGUCGAGGCGGCCGAGAAAGUGGCUUUGGCGGCAAUGAUCGCGGUGGACGAGGAGAUUUUGGAAGGAGAGGAGACUUUGGAGGUGGUAGAAAUGGCCCUGGUGCUGGUAGUGGUUACAAUGAUUACGGUAAUCGGGGUGGAGGUGACUACGCGGGUCGUGGUGCAGAUUUUGGUGGUGGAUACAACGAUCGUGGUGGUUACGGACAAAACAAUGUUAGUGGUCUAGGAGGUUACGCGACCAGCUCGUCAGGAAUGGGAGGUGCCUACGGACCAGCUACUGGUUCUACGGGAGGAUACGGACCUGCCGUUUCUGCUGAUUACGGUAGAGGAGCAGACUUUGGCCGAGCUGCCGAUUUUGGAACAAGGGCGGACUUUGGUGGCCGUGCAUCUGCUGGAAUGGGAGGAGAUUUUAACCGGGGUGGGCCAGCUGACUAUGGACGCACAGAAAAUUUUGGGGGUGCACGGACUGCUGAAUACCCACCAAGAAAUGACUACGACCGUGGCGUGACCGGGCCAAUGAGGAAUGGAGGUGCAACCACAGCUUAUGGCGGAGGAUUUGCAGAGUCAGGAGGCUUUCCGGAAGGCUCGGGGGUUGUGGGGCAUGGGGGACCAGGGGGACCUGGGGGGUUUAAUCAGGGAGGCCAAUCGCAAUGCAACAGGACCGAUGGACCACCCCCUAAUAAUAUGCCUCCAUUUAACAGGCCAAUUGGCGCGGUGCCAAAUUACAGCACGGGCCCAGGACCCCAAGCAGAUAUGUUUAGCAGAAGACCUGGAAGUGCUGCUCCCACUGGCGGAUACCCUCCAGUUGGUGGAGGAUAUACCGACGGGUAUGACCGGGCAGAUCCCUACGGCCCAAGAAGUACAGGACGCUUCCCAGGUCCGGCAGACUCGAUGCCGCCGAGGUACUAAAGUACUAUACCGAUCGAUAGCGUUCACUGGGGGCAAAUGAAUGCCUAGCGGCGGUUUGCGUGCGGAUAUAAAACUGCGCCUCAAGUGUUUCAAUCCUUCCUAUGUAUGGGGGAAAAGUAAUAAUAAUAAUAACAAUAAUAAUAAUAAUACACAGCCCACUCACACAGUUAUGAAACCAUUAAAAAUAAAUGUGUAAUUUAUAUUAAACUUAAAAUUACAAUUCUAAGAUACCAUAAGAUACGGUAAGAUCGGUUUGACAUGUUCGAUGGAUAGCUUGGAUUUAGGUUUGUAGCGACAUUAAAAGUAUUAGAAACUCGUGAAGUUUAUUAAACAAAUGAUUUUGAUAGCGGACGUCGCGUAAUCGCGUUAAAUAAUUAACAUGGAUUUUUAUGUUCGAAAUUGUCUUACACGAAGAGUUAGUUCAGUCGUGAAGUUUAGCUCCAGUCUUCUACGAGGCCUUUGGGCAGAGAACUUGGCUAUUCCAUGGUAUCUCGCCCUGGUAUCUGGCGGAGGCUAAUAAUCAUAAAUAACGCUAGUUAUUAUUUCAAACAUUUUCCCAGCUAGCAUAGGUCCGCAGUGGAAAACACGAACAUAGACUAUGAACGAUGUGAUGUACAUGAUUUUUUUUUUUAUAUGUAUCAACUAUGUCUUUGAUGUUCAUUAAUAAUAAAUCGAAGAAACGUG